AUGCGUCUUCCCUACAUACCUAAUCCGCCCACCGGUCUUGAUACUGCGGGCAGAGCGGUGCUUGAUCAGAUACUGGCUCGCCGUGGUAGAUCUGGGCUACUGUCUCUCGACCGAACUCUACUUCAUUCGCCUAUGAUAGCCGGAGGCUGGCAUUCGUUUUUCGGCGCAAUCUAUUCAGGGUCGGUCUUGCGAGCUGAUCUGCUGGAGCUUGCCAUCUGCCGCGUUGCCCUGCUUAACCGAGCUUGGUAUCAAUAUGACGGACACAUAGCGAUGUUGCAUCGCUGCGAAGGAUUCGACUCGGCAAAAAUGAAGGUAGUUGAAACGCUGCGACCGUCGGAAAGAGGACCCCUAAAUCUCGACCAGUGGGCUGUUCUCAGAUAUGCAGACGCCAUGACAAAGGACAUUGCAGUAGAGGAAGAAAUAUUCACGGAACUGCAAAACUCGGGUCUCAACAGCAGAGAAAUUGUGGAACUUACGGUAGCCGUGGCUACUUACAAUGGUGUGAGCAGAUUUCUAGUCGCAUUAGAUGUAGGAGAGAGAAAUUCUGAAUCAAGUUGA